CAACGACGCGAGGUUCUCUUUCUUUUUUGCCUUUACUUUCCAGAGACAAUAAUCGAAUUAUUCCAAAGUCCCUAAAUUCUUGACUCGUCUCAAUACUGAUCCUCCAUAAAUACUGAAUAUUUACGUUUCCUCUAUUGAUUCAUCAUGGUCACGGUGCCCGACAAGGCCUUGGGCCCUCGUGAUCCCAACGCUGGAGCCGCGUUCCCACCCGGAUCCAUCUUCCCCCAUAAUCCCCAGGAACUGCCAGCCAUAGCUGCCCGAAUGGACAAGGAGAACAAGGUUACAGCUACCGCCAAGUCCAAGCCCAACCCCAAGAAGCGCAAGUCUGAUGCCAACGACGAGACCGAUGUCAAGGCCCUGCUGUUCCCUGACGAUGCGCCUUACAUCGACGAGGAUGACGACCGUCUCCGGAAGUGGCUCAAAUCGGGUGCCAUGAAAGUGGGCGAGUUCCAGCGGGCCAUUGGCGUCAGCCAGCACAGCUACAGCAACUUUGUGAACCGCACCGGCACGUGGAACGGAGAGGGCUGCGACGCGUAUUUUGCCGCGGCUCGGUUCUUCCGCAAGCGUGAACUGCAGGGCUUGCCCAUGACGCUGCCCAAGUCGGCGAAGAAGGCAAAGACAGGCACGGACGCCAAGUCCACCAAGGCGAAGGAGCAAGAGCUGCUGGAUGUGAGCGGCGUCACCUUGCCCGGGGAAGAGGAGAUGGCUGUGCCCGUGUUCGACACACCCAAGGAGGCGAGAAGGAAGAUCCGUGACCUGCAGUCCAAGGGCAUCUCGCAGGCGGCUAUUGCACGAGCUCUCACCUCCGCUUUGCCGGCGGACUGUGGGAAAUCGGUGUCCGCACAGAACCUGCGCACAUUCCUCGGCGGAAAGGGUGUCAUGGGUGGGAACACUACCAUUGCCUUCUACGCCGCGUACGUUUUCUUUGAGAAGAGACGGCUCAAGGCAGGGAAGUCGAAAAGCAAGACCCGAGAGGAGAUGGAAGAUGCCCAUGGUCCCAUGGGAGUGGACAUUGAGAACAACUCAAACGGCACCUACUGGGUGAUGUCCUCCGAAUCAGAGCCAUACUAUGACUCGUACGGCAAGUUGCGGACCUACAAGCGGCGUUAG